AUGAUGAAAGCCGGUAGCAGCUCGGUCGGCGCUUGGCUCCAUGCCCUAGACUCUUCCGGGUCCUCAUGCCCAAGCCGGCCCGCGGAGUUCUCGCGCCGGCUUUUCGCCGCGUUCAGGGAGAGCGAGCUGACGGUCUCCGGGAAGUUCCUUUCCUGGAUCUUUGGCCCGGAGGGGCUUGGGGUGUCGGUGACCGCCAGGCUGCGGCCUUGGGCACGACGGGCAUUGGUGAAGCGCUUCUUCUAUGAGACGAGGCCACAGAAAACCGCUUCCAAACUGUUGCUGCCACCGGGAUGGUGCAUGCCAUGCUGUGCCGCGGGUUCAGGACGCUUGCCGGUCAUGUUGGUCCGUAGUCCGUACCGGCGUGUCCAUUCUUACUUUCGGCACAAAUGGCUGGCGAAUCCGAGCAAGGAGCCACUUACGGGGUGGAAGGAUCUUCCAGAGUUUGUCAGGAAGUUGGCGGAGCAUCGCACUUUGAACCGCUCCUUGCCGCUUCUCUUCACGAAGCAGGACCUCUAUCACACCCUGUCAUUUCACGAAAUCCUGCGGGACAUCCGCUGGUCUGCCGCCGCCCGCGAGGCAAUGCGACUGAGGAUGUGCGUUCUGCGCCUGGAAGUGCUUCACAUGGACUUCCUCCAUCUGCACGCAGUGCUCUGCCGUUGGUUCGGCUUCUGCGAGCGCUUGCCGGCCAUCCCAGAGAUUAUUCCGACUGGGUUGCGACCGUACCUAGCGGUUCCCUCGCCUCCGUGGGAGACGCUCUGGACGAAGGAUGCAGUGCAGAACAUGCGCCAAUUGUUUGCCUCGGACUUCGAAGAGCUGGGCUACUCCGUCGAUCCGUUGCAGAAGGCACCUGAACGUCGAGCUCCCUGCUGGAUGAGAGCCGAGUCGUAG